AUGCCAGCUCCACCUUCAGUUCAAACCAGUCUCUUUGCAGAUGACACCACUUUCCACUCCAGCAGCAUGAAUCUCGAGAGGGCGGCCAGGAAUGUUCAAGAGCAGUUGAACCUGCUCACAUCCUGGUGUUCAUCCUGGAAGAAGUCCGGCAAGGCGCAGAAGAACAUUGUCAAGGGAGACAAGAAGAAGAAACGCAAGAGGAAGAAGAGCUAUGCCGUGUACAUCUACAAGGUGCUGAAGCAAGUUCACCCAGACACCGGUAUCUCGUCCAAGGCGAUGUCGAUCAUGAACAGCUUUGUCAACGACAUUUUCGAGCGCAUCGCGGCCGAGGCAAGCCGACUGGCUCACUACAACAAACGUUCAACCAUCACCAGCCGGGAGAUCCAGACCGCUGUGCAUCUUCUGCUGCCCGGUGAACUGGCCAAGCACGCAGUCAGUGAAGGAACCAAGGCUGUCACCAAGUACACCAGCUCCAAAUAGAGAGUUUGUGUGUGUGCGCUCGCCGCCGACUAGCA